UUCCCCUGCUCCACAAUCUACACCCACGCGCCCCCCACCCACACCGGUCUCCCUCGUCUCUCUCCUCUCCGUUGAUCUAUAAAUAGUUCAAAAGCUCAACUACCACACUUCAACCUCCAUACACUGCUUCCUCUGCCAACAUUUUCUCUUUUACUCCGCCCAAAUUCACAGCAAAUUUGCGGAAUCAAUUUCUCACGUUGGAUCAGAGGUCCAAAGAUGGUUGUAUUUGGUUGCAAUAUAAGCUUGUAGCAUGGCCCCGGCAGCAUCAGAGAACUCAAUAAAGCCUACUGAUGUAUGCAUCGUUGGCGUAGCCCGUACCCCAAUGGGUGGUUUUCUUGGCUCACUUUCAUCAAUACCAGCAACAAAGCUUGGAUCUAUAGCUAUUGAGCGUGCUCUUAAAGGAGCUAAUGUUGACCCUUCACUUGUACAAGAAGUUUACUUCGGAAAUGUGCUCAGUGCAAAUUUGGGUCAGGCUCCUGCCAGGCAAGCAGCAUUAGGUGCAGGAAUACCCAAUACAGUGAUUUGUACGACGAUUAACAAAGUUUGUGCCUCUGGAAUGAAAGCAACUAUGCUUGCUGCACAGAGUAUUCAGUUGGGUAUUAACGAUGUUGUCGUAGCUGGUGGCAUGGAAAGCAUGUCCAAUGUCCCCAAGUACUUGGGAGAAGCAAGGAAGGGGUCUCGACUUGGACAUGACACGCUUGUUGAUGGAAUGAUGAAAGAUGGACUGUGGGAUGUAUACAAUGAUUAUGGCAUGGGAGUUUGUGCUGAAUUAUGUGCUGAAAAUCAUAGCAUAACUAGAGAGGAGCAGGAUGAUUACGCAGUUCAAAGCUUUGAGCGUGGCAUUGCUGCCCAAACUAGUGGUGCCUUCUCAUGGGAGAUUGCGCCAGUCGAAGUGUCUGGUGGAAGAGGAAGGCCUUCAACUGUUGUUGAUAAAGAUGAAGGUCUAGGAAAGUUUGAUGCUGCAAAGUUGAGGAAGCUCCGUCCAAGUUUCAAGGAAACUGGUGGUAGUGUUACAGCUGGCAAUGCUUCCAGCAUAAGUGAUGGUGCAGCUGCUUUAGUCUUAGUCAGCGGAAAGAAGGCUGUUGAGCUUGGGCUACAAGUGAUUGCAAAAAUCAAAGGAUAUGCUGAUGCAGCUCAGGCACCAGAUUUAUUUACAACUGCACCUGCACUUGCAAUCCCAAAAGCUAUUUCAAAUGCUGGCUUAGAUGCUUCUAAGAUUGAUUACUAUGAGAUUAAUGAAGCCUUUGCGGUUGUGGCUCUUGCAAAUCAAAAGCUUCUUGGGCUUAAUCCUGAAAAAGUCAAUGUACAUGGUGGAGCCGUAUCAUUGGGGCAUCCUCUAGGAUGCAGUGGAGCUCGUAUCUUGGUCACACUCUUGGGGGUUCUGAAGCAGAAAAAUGGUAAAUAUGGAGUUGGAGGUGUUUGCAAUGGGGGAGGAGGUGCUUCAGCCCUCGUUUUAGAGCUUGUCUAAUCUGCUGCAUGAUUGCCAAGUCAGGAGAAUUGUGAUCAGUGAGAAUGUGGUCACUGGUACAAAGAAGGACGUUACUGGCAAGCAGAGUCUCAUCACAAUCACUUGAUUUUCUUCUUGUUACAAAUUUUUUAUGUUCUCCACAAAUAAUAGAAUUAACAUGAAUGUAGUGAGGAAUGUAUCUUGUGUCUUCAUUGCCUUCUCCUUGAUUGUACCGUUUCCGUAGUGUUAACCGAUCUAGAUGAGAUGUUUUCUUAUCUGAGGUGAAUUAAAGGCAAGAAGAAAUAGCUAAUCUUUGGCAUGUAUUAGAUAUCAGCCUUAUUCACCAUUUUCAUCCCUGAACUUUUAUAUUAAAAUCAAUUUCAUCCUUUAUGAUUUAUUUUUUUGACCAA